AUGUCUGCAAUAACGCUGUCACUGCUCUUCACCGUAUCAGGAGCUAGUAUCUCCAACAGAACCAAGAAAACAUUAGAAAGACUGAAGACAUAUCUCCAAGGUGAAACUGUUAUUGAUGGCAUCAGUACUGAUCUCUCAAAUGAGAAACAGGUUAACAUGAGUGUGUUGCCAAUGUCCAUCUCCAAUCUCAAUGCAGCCGAACAGACAUUCACUUUUAGUUUGGGGAUCGCCAUGACGUGGUUCGACCCUGAUCUGGCUUGGAACAAAGCUGAUUAUGAUGAAAUUGAACAGGUGGCUAUCUCGAAAGACUACAUGUGGACACCUUCCGUGACCAUCGCUAAUGGCAUCAACAACAUUGCCCCGAUUUCAAGACAAUCCCCCCAUCUUCAUAGUGAUGGAAAAGCACGACUUACAAUCACUGACAGUUUCACGACCAGUUGUCAAAUAGACAUCGCUCUUUACCCGUUUGACCAGCAGCAAUGUGACAUCAUGUUCAUGCCUGCAAAUAAUUACGAUCUUGGAGUUGAAACGAUUGGUUCUAUUAUUACAAUAUUACCUACUUUCUUUAUUAAGAACAGUGAAUGGGAGUUGGUUGACAUACGCGCCAAGAUUGUGAACGUAAAACUGCGGCGGAUACCAAAUUUUGUAUCAUUUGAGUUUUUUCUGAAACGCAAGAGCAUGUUCUAUAUAGUGAGUAUCAUCUUUCCUAUGGCUCUUCUCUCUCUGCUCAACGCCUGUGUGUUCCUCCUACCAGCUGACUCCGGAGAGAAGAUGUCCUACCUCAUCUCAAUAUUUGUGUCCUAUGCAGUGUUCAUGAACUUCGUCAAUGACUCGAUCCCCAAGUCUGGAGACGUGUGUCGACUGUCUGUGUACCUGACCCUCAUCCUCUGUCAGAGCUGCCUGGCUAUCAUCACCACCAUGGCCACACUCAACGUCCGCAAUAAUGGUCACCUAUUUCAGACCAAGACAGAUGUACAGCCAGGGAACGAUACAUUAAACAGCAACAGCACAGCACGUCUGUAUGUGAUGCGUGCGUCAAAGGCCCGCCGUGCAGACCACGUUUUCUUCUGGGUGUUCCUGUUUCUGGCACUGAUGUCGCUGCUGGUGUUUUGUGUAUAA